AUGUCGGACUAUUUCAGCCUUCAGCCGUUUGCUUUUAAUAACAACAAUAUUUCUUUACACGAUGCAAACAGCCCAGGAUGCUAUUCCCCUGCAAGUAAAAAUGAAUUAUACCAUUCACCCACAACACGGCAAACGCCGAGAAAUGAUUUAGAAAAACAACUCAAUCAAGUAGCCUUCAAAACUGGAAAUGAGAAAGUCUUUGAAGAAGACAUUACAUCACCGUUCUAUGUAGAUGUUCCUAUCCCAAAUCAAGAAAAACCAUCCAGUAGAAAAGGAUCUGCAGUUGGCUUAGAAAAUGAAACUAAAGAUUACUUUGGCGAUUCACUUCAAGACGAAACCCAUUUUGUGAGAGAAUAUCCAACGGAUAUACUAAUAGACAGAUUUCAUAAGUGCAAGAAAAUAAUGAAAAGUUUGAUUCUCUACUUGAAAGAAGUAGCCUUUGCUCAAGAGCAAAUUUCCAGAAUCAACAUUCAAUUAAAAGGCUCAAUUAAAUUCCCGUUCUUGACAGACUUAGAAGAAGGGUCUAACAAAUUAGUUGAUCCCCUAUUGUUGACUUCUCCAAUAAAGAAGCCCCAACCAGUACCUCUGGUCCAACAGAGAAAAGAAAUAAAUAUAAGUACAAUACCGUCUCCUGCAGAAGACAAUUCCAUCCCUUUUGCAAAUGUCGCUAAUGCAGAGGAAACAUCAGCUUCGUCAGGGUUUUUGAAAUUUGGAUCUGGUUCCAUUCAGGAUAUUCAAGUCAUACUGAAGAAAUACCAUUUAUCUUUGGCUGCCCAACAAUUAAAAGUUUCAAACGACAUUACCACCACAUUGGUCCCUGAGUUGUCUGAAUUAAGAAAAGAACUCAAUAUUAAAUUGAAAGACAUUAAGGGUUUGCAUGGCGAUUUCAAAACAAAUAUGAACGACAUGUUAGCCAAAACAAAAUCUCUGUUAAAUAGGUAUAACACCGUAGUUGAAAUAAUGAAUUCAAAAGAAAGAGGUCACGAAACAUCAAAAGUGAAUAAAAAUACAAAAUUUGAACCAAAGUACGAUCCUUAUCUUCUGAAAUUGCAACUGGAUAUCCAACUAAGGAAACAGUUAGCUGAAGAGAAUUACUUAAAAGAAGCUUUCAUUAAUUUGCAAAGUUCAGGUAUGAAAUUAGAAAAAAUCAUAUACUCCAAAAUUCAAAGCGUAUUACAGAGAUACUCAAGCUUGAUUGAUUCAGAGGCCCGACUAAUGAUCCACAAUCUACGCCAAGAACUACAAAAGAGUAUAUUAUCAAGACCACCAGAAGUGGAAUGGGAUCAUUUCGUAUCUCACCAUCCAACAUGUCUUCUAGAUUGGAAGUCUAAUGAUCCAAUUCCAAAAAAGCGAGAUAUAUCAGAUAUUGUAUAUCCUAAUAUGAAAUCACCACUAGCAAAAUGUAUCAAAAUUGGCUUUCUUUAUUACCUGAUGGAAGCUAAAGAAAACUAUGAGAAAGCUUACUUUAUUCUAACAUCUAAUUAUCUUCAUAAAUUCAACAGAGAUGAUUUUUUUGGGAAGAACGACGAUUCUCACGAUGAAGUUCAAAAAUCUUGUAUUGCAGGCUUUGUUCCAAUAUUCAGUAUUUCUCUGAAUGAUUCAAAAGUUACCGAACUAACUGAUACUUGUUUCCAAAUAUCAGGUAAACUCACCAUCCCCAAACUGGGAUCCUUCACUGGUAGAGUAGAGGAGGGCCUUCAUUCUUCACCAGAGAAUAAUUGCGAUGGUCCUAAAAAAUCAUCGUCAAAGUCAACAUUUAAGAGGCUUUUGAAAAACACUAACGAGUCAAAGGAAGAUCCCAGUAAAGAUGAGCAAAAUAAGAAAUCUUCUGAAAUCAAAGUGCUAAAUAUAACUUUCAAGAUAAACGAAUCAGAUCAUUUAACCGAGGAUGAGAUCAAAGAAUUGAGCAAGUGGCAUAGGGAGAUAAAAGCCUUGGCAUCUUUCGAUUCUACAAGUGCACGGUCACAGUAUAUCCAAGCUAGACUUAACAAAAUGCAUUAUCGCUCAAAAGCAAGAACAAUCCAAAAAUCGCCAUCAAUGGAUGGUAAGGAAGUACUAGAUGACGAACUCUUUGAUGCCACUAACAACCCAUCAAAUUCUACAUAUACUUUUCCAGGUAGAAAUACUCCACGGUAUAUCGAACUUCCAGGUCAACCUAUCCCGUUGUUAUCUGACCAAAAAUUUAGUCCUCUGUCAAAAGUCAAUACGCCUGCUAUCGAUGAUGAUGGCAACUUGAUAACGGUUAGCGGUCAUAAAUAUUCGGCAAAUAGGCAACUUUGUCUCCCUUCUUCUCAUACUUUACCUACAACACCUGCCUCUCAAAGAUCGUUGAAUACAGGUUAUUUCGAAUCAUCUCCGAAGUUUGCUGACAAAUCAAUAACCAACGCAAAUACUAAUUCCAUGGAAGACGGACAUGCAUCCACUAAAUAUCUGGCUCACCGAAGAAAUACAUCUCUUACUCAAUCAAUAUUAUCAACCGAUUCCCAAUUCACAAAGGAAGACCUCACCCGAUUUUCCAUCAAAGAAAACCCAAAUGCCAAUUAUUUCAAAGAGAUUAACAAUAUGGACAAGAGUGAUUUUGCUGAGGAUGGAUUGCGUAGAGCAGACCUAAUAACUGAACAUAACUUGAAUAGGACUGGAACCGACGAAUGGAAGAAUAACAUAAAUAAUAAUAUUUCCAAAGUUGUACUCAACGAUAAAUUUCAAAGGAACUGUCCGGAUAUAUCUGGUAGUUCUGGUGACGGUCCAAUUCUUACCGAAGAAUCAAAUCAAGAUCAGGGAAUACAGAACAUAGGCUUUAAAAAAGUAUACAGUACUGGAAGUGCAGGUGAUUCGUAUUUGAAUAAAAAUGAAAUCAAUCCAAACUCUCAUGGAAUGAGGACACAUCCGAUAUUGAAACACAAGAAAGGAUUAUCUCUCAAUGCUUUAAAUGGUAUCGUGCUUCCGAAACAACUAAACCGGACGAUGAGCAACCCAGUCACUAAGCAACAAGAAUCUAAACAGUGCAAUUCAAUCAAACUAAACCAGUCCAUAUAUUUUUGA